AUGACGUUAAAUCCGAUUUGCGAAUACGUGGAAACGGCUCAAGGAGUGCCCUUGACCGUGACCGGAGUAGCUCAGUGUAAGAUAAUGAGAGCAGAAGAAUUACUACAAACGGCGAGCGAACAGUUUUUGGGAAAAGACGUCAAAGAAGUUAAAAGCACGAUACUACAAACGCUGGAGGUUACUCUACGAUGGAUUAAGUUAAAAUGGCGGUUUAUAAAGUUUUGUUUUCGUUUUGCAGGAACACUUACAGUAGAAGAGGUGUACAAAGACCGAGAUCAGUUUGCAGCACUGGUGAGAGAAGUAGCCGCUCCUGAUGUCGGACGAAUGGGAAUUGAAAUUUUAUCGUUUACAAUAAAAGACGUUUACGAUGACGUUCAAUACCUGGCCUCACUAGGUAAAUCGCAAACGGCUGCCGUCAAACGGGAUGCAGACAUAGGCGUAGCACAAGCCAAUCGAGAUGCUGGAAUCCGCGAAGCUGAAUGCGAGAAAUCCGCAAUGGAUAUAAAAUACAACACGGACACGAAAAUCGAAGAUAAUGCCAGAAUGUACAAAUUGCAAAAAGCCAAUUUCGAUAAGGAAAUCAACACGGCCAAAGCGGAAUCUGCGCUGGCAUACGAACUUCAAGCAGCGAAAAUAAAACAACAAAUCAGAAACGAAGAAAUACAAAUAGACGUGGUAGAAAGAAGGAAAGAAAUACAAGUCGAAGAACAGGAAGUUUUAAGAAAGGAAAGAGAACUCAAUGCAACGGUUCGUCUUCCGGCGGAAGCGGAAAGCUAUCGAGUUCAAAUGAUAGCCGAAGGAAAGCGUACACAAACAGUAGAAAUUGCCAAAGCGGAAGGAGAAAGAAUAAGAAAAGUCGGAGGAGCGGAAGCUCUUGCGAUAGGUUUAGUCGGAAAAGCGGAAGCCGAAAGAAUGAGAUUAAAAGCCAAAGUAUAUAAAGACUACAAAGAUGCUGCGAUAAUGUCUUUAGUAGUCGAAGCGUUACCAAAAAUAGCAGCGGAAGUAGCUGCACCACUUGCCAAAACGGAAGAAAUUGUUCUUUUAGGUGGAAGCGAUUCAUCCACCGGUGAGAUAACAAGACUUGUAGGACAAAUCCCUCCAGCCGUACAAGCUCUAACCGGUGUCGAUUUGUCCAAGCCUUUGAUACAACCGAGGAAUUCAAAUACCGAUAAAAACAAUCCCGAAUUAAUAACGGUAACGACUAAAAUUAUCGAAAGCGUCAAAACUGCCGAACCCCUGGCAAGGCCAUCAGGACAAUCGUGUCCGCCGAAAACGACAGAGAAAAAACCCUCGGCCAUACCCACGCCGAGAAAAUCGAUAGAAAAAAAAAUGGUCGAAAUAAAAGCGAGCCCGAGGAAAAUCCUCGGCGAGAGUUCGAAAUCCGGCACCGCCGCCUCCACCGCCACCGCCGGAGCCGGCGGAAGUGGAGGCAUAAAGAGCAACAGCACGGAAAAUUUAAAAUGUUCGACUCCGACUCCGAAAAAAUAG